AUGACAAGCUCCACCAGUAAUCAGCCUCGGAGUAAUUCAUCAGCAACGGCCACGACGACUCCGGUUAUAGUGAGCUCUAGGCAACAUUACCAACAACAACAGCAGCAGAGUCAUAACAUGACCAGCAAAGCAGCCGCGGAGGACGACGACUUUGGGUUCGGAGACGACUUGGGCGAUGUCAACUUUAACGACGACCUCUUUGACGACAUCGACCGGCCGCAAACCCGCACCACACUCACACCAUCUAGUACAUUGUCAUCACUUGCAUCCACCCAGUCAAGCACGUCAACCCUUGUUUCCACCUCAACACAAGCAUCAACUCAGAACUCUACAUCAACAUUAACAUCAGAAACAGCGGGAGCAAAGAAACUUGUAGCACCGCCAGUCUUCCAACCAAGAUCCAAAGCAACACUCGUCGUCAGCUCCUCGCAGCGAGGGAAUCCGCUGCUCCAGUUCAUUAGGAAUGUCCCCUACGAGUAUGGCGAAGUCGUGCCCGACUUUGUCGUAGGCUCCACAUCCUGUGUCCUGUUCUUGAGCAUCCGCUACCACCGCUUGCACCCAGAAUACAUCUUCAGCAGGAUCGCAAGUCUCGCCAACCAAUUCGUCCUCCGCGUUCUUCUUCUCCUCGUCGACGUCGACACACACCAACAUGCCAUCCGGGAACUGACAAGAGUCGCCAUGGUCAACGACCUUACACUUGUCUGUGCGUGGAGCAACGAGGAAGCAGCCCGAUACAUCGAGACCUACAAGGCGUAUGAGAACAAGGCCCCCGAUGCCAUCAAGGAGCGUGUCGAGAAAGAUUACCUCUCCAAGCUAACAGAUGGGCUCACGCAGAUUCCUUCUAUCAACAAGACCGACAUUAUCACCCUAUCUUCCACCUUUGGGUCGCUGAAGAAUAUCAUGGAUGCAAGUGCGGACGAGUUGGGACUACUGCCAGGAUUUGGUGAACGCAAGGUCAAGCGGCUACUGGAAGCUUUCGACCAGCCCUUUGCUAUCGAUCCCAAAAAGAGGCGUCACAAGCGUCCUUGA